AUGAACCGAGAAGAAGCAUUAAAGGUUUUGCGUAGGAAAGAUGCUAUCCUGGAAAAUCCUGUAGUUGUUGCCGAGGCUAUCAAGGUGGUUCAGAAUACGACUAGUAGCCGUGGAAGCGGUGGAGCUGCCUCGGACAACAGUGGCGACUCAGAAAAUCCUGUUGAUUUAUUAGUUAACAGCUACAAAGGCGCGAUCGAAUUUCUCUUUGAGAUUGGCACAUGGCUAACCUACACCGACGACGAUGCUCAGUCAACUCGUAAUAUUAUUGAAUCCGUUGUUAUGGAGACCAUUUUGCAAAAUUACGACCGAAACAAAGCCAUAAAGUGCCUUACUGAGGAAAAUGUUGAUGAUACAAUGGAGUGGCUGAGUCAUUUGAUUGAGUCAGCGCGAUGGCGCCAAACCAUCUACGAGUUAGCCCAACAACCACGCAAUGAGGACUGCCCCUUCCUUUCUCUCACCAUGCCUUGUAUAGCCGUUAAGGAGGAGCUCAUCGGUGAGCUUAUUUCCGUGCCUCUGGCAUGGAAUACUUUGGAGAUCUUUCUCAAGUGUGUCGCCUACAUCCUCCAUCCGUUGUUAAGCGCCAACGCGGAGCUUAUGGACGACGAUCUCUUCCUGCGCGACAUUGCCUUCCUUCAAUCUCCCUCAAUGUCCUCCGCGCAUCAGCCACCGCAGCAGCAGGAUACGGUGCUUAGCCAUUGCUUACUAGACGUGGAGGUUGAUCCAGAUAAAAAGCGAAUUUAUCAAAUUCUGCGGCAUUUUUUGGAGAUGGGCUGCCACAGUGAACAGACCUACCUUAUAAUUCAAUCAAUGCUGCAGUGUCUAAUUCGCCAACGGAACGACAACGCUGCAAGGCACCUCUCCUGGCUACUUGAGUCUGAGGCUAGUCGUCGUGGGCGGGAUGUUAGCCGGUAUAGCGUCUACUUCUGCUUCGCCCGAAACUACCCUACCGAAGUAGCUGCCAUGCGCGCCAUACUAUCCGAGCAGUCCCUCCUUCCCCAACAACUUGAUGCACUUUAUGCGGCGUACAGAGGCGAAGCACCUCCUCCAGUCAGUCUGAUUCGACAACCCUUUUUCAUCGGCAAUCCGGAGCGCCUUUUGAGUGAGCAGCAGGAGUGCUAUGCUUACCUCUACGCAUACGCCUCAGUGACGGCGGAGAAGGUUGACUAUGAAACUGAGUGUCGUCUCCGCCUUGAUCGUUCCCGAGUCGCUGAGGUUAAUAGGGAGGUGUUGGAGGCCAGUCGUAUCUGCAAACAUUGGAAUACAAUGACAGGCAGCGCGAUGAGUCUACGAGCCUUCCGUGAUUUGCCAACUCUAUUGCAAUGUCUGCAUCACCGAGCGAUCUCUUUUGGUGUGUUUCGCUUCCUCUGGGUCAUUUUUCGCUCCAAACGGGUAGACUUUGAGCUCAAUCUUGAGACUAUGAAACCAUACUGUAUUGUUGUGAACGAACUCGCCACUCUUAACCCCUUCAUUCGACCGGCGCUACUUUCCUUCAUCACUGAACUUCUUGGAUCCAUCAUGGAGGGCAUGGAGGAUCUUAGUCAGGUGAAUGUUACGUUCCCUGGGACGUUGGAGUUCAAGCGGAUGCUAGUGGGAUUGCUGGUCCACCUCAUCACUUGUGGCUACGUUCUGCCGACUAUUCGGACAAUGCACUCCCUUUUCGAGCGGAAUCAUGUGGAUGUCUCCAUUGCGCGGCACUUUGUCACCGAGCUCCUCAGUGUAGCCGCACCACCGUAUGACCCGACGUUCAUGAACUGCCUUCAUCCUCUUGUAUCUCAUCCACAUAUCGUUGAUGGUCUUCAUGCUGGUCGGAAUGCCGAUCUCGUGAAAGAAUUUUUAGGUACGCUUAUUUUGUAUUUCCAUAGGAAAUUUUAA